AUGGCAUUUUGUCGAUCUUCGGGGUUUACUCUCAGUGCCAACGCGAGGGACAACCCAGCGGGCCGGACAACGGAUCCGGAACUUAUAAAAGCAGAGCAAGGACAAUGGCAAGCGUGCCACGCCGAAAAGAAGCUCGCAAUUUUCUAUUUGCGCCUAAUAAUGGCCCGGACGUUCAAGGAUGAUUUCAAAGACCCGUUCACAGGUGGUUACGAGUUCGACCACAAACAGCUCCAGCGGUUCAAAUCAAUGAAUAUACCCAAUCGCUCGAGAAAAGCCUAUAUUUUUCUGGGUCACGACCCCUGCACCGGCUGUUUGAACUUUUUGCACCACCUUCAAACAUGUUCGGGGAUCGAGAUAUUGGUCAAACCCCUACCGAUCGUGAAAGAAUGGAACAGGCCGAAUAAAAGGUACAACGACUCGAGGGCAGACAACCAGCAGUGUUUGACCGGCAGUGACAGCGACGACGACGACGACGACGACGAC